AUGAAGACUUCAGGAGCUCCUGACCGGGUGGUGCCCAUGAAGGUCAUCGUAUGUGGUGUCCAACGCACCGGCACCUUGAGUAUGCGAUAUGCGCUCUAUCAACUGGGAAUUCACGAUUGCUAUCACAUGCACGAUGUUUUUGAAAACCCCUCGACAGACGGACCUCUCUGGACUCGUGCCCUGAAGGCCAAGUACGCAGGCGGGGAACCUCUUCUCAAGGAAGACUGGGAUCUUCUCCUCGGAAGUUAUCAAGCAGUUUGCGACGUGCCGCCGGCUUUCUUUGGCCCGGAGCUUGCUGAGAUAUACCCUGACGCCAAAGUUGUUAUUCUGAACCGCGAUCCUGAAAAGUGGUACGUCAGUGUUUUGAAUAGUAUCCAUUCGAAGAGGACUAUUCUUGAUCAGCUGGCGGUUUUGUUUUGCCUGGCAUUUAACCCGGAUACUCGAGCUUGGAUGGGCUUUGGCCUGACCAUGUUCAAGUAUGGUUGGCCAUUUGACCAUCGUACGGAGAAGAAAAAGGCCAUAACAUGGUACAAAGACAUAUACAAGGAGUUUCGUGAGAGAAUCCCCGCUGAGCGCCGCAUUGAAUUCUCCGUUAGUGAGGGGUGGAAGCCCCUAUGUGACUUUCUAGAGCUCCCGAUUCCGAAGACUAGGGACCCCGAAACUGGGAAAUUGGUGGAGGCUCCGUUCCCUCAUCUGAAUGAUCGCUUUGCAUUUCAUGCCGAUAAUGCACAGACACAAGCGGCUUGGAUGAAAACAGCUAUUAACAAUGCCUGGGCUUUUGUUGGAAAGGCCGCCGUUUUGGGUGGAGUGUCACUCGGUGGCUAUCUGUUGUGGAAGAGUAGAUUGGGCGGUCGCUUCUAG